AACCGUCGGUUUCAGACACACACCUACAUAGAGACAAGAGAUGGAGUCGCAACAUUUUGGGCAUGAACAUCCCCCGGCUUUCAAGGAAAAGCAAAGCAAUCAAAGCGAAGAAGCCGCUAGCUGCUCAAGGUGUGGGGAGAUGGUAUCGGGUUCAAGUUUUAGCUGCGUGGAGUGUGGCUUUUUACCUCCAUAAGAAUUGUGCUGAGGCACCGUUGGAGAUUAAUCACCCUUUUCAUCGCAAGCACCCUCUUGUUCUUAUGCCAACCCCACCUUACGGUCCGAGGGCAAGUUGUUUUUGUGACUUUUGCGGCAGAACUUGUAAGAUGUUUGUUUAUCAUUGCUCUUGUGGAUUAGAUUUUCACAUCAAAUGUGCUUUAUUUUCAUGCACAAUCGCUGAAAAAAAUUUUGGAGAGCUUGAACACACAGUCCAACCGUGGAUUUCCAUUGAUGAACAAAAUGAAGAACUUGAGAGCGCUAAUUGCUUCGGGUGUUGGAACCCGUUACUAGAAUCUACAUACUUUUCUCUUGAUUGUGGGUUUAACCUACAUAAAAAAUGUGUUGAACUGUCUCCUGAAAUCAACCACUUUUCCCACCAAGAAUAUCCUCUUGUUCUACAGUGUAAUGGUGAACGUUUCUCUUGCUAUAUGUGUCAAAAACCACAACCAUUUGGUUUUGUUUAUUUUUGUUCACCAUGCAAGUUUGCCCUCCAUAUUAAAUGUGCUGAGAUACAUUCUGAAAUCAAUCACCUCUCUCACCGCAAACACCCUCUUUUUCAAUUUAAUAGUGAAAAUCUCCCUUGCAAGAUGUGCCUAGAAACCAGUGGAAAAUUUGUUUAUUGUUGUUCAUCUUGCAAGUUUGCCCUACACAUUGAAUGUGUGUCACCACCACCAACUAUUAAAGAGAAAAAUCAUCAACACCCAUUGACCUUAAUUUGGAGACCAGUCCUUUUCAUUUGUGAUGCAUGUGGCCUUGCGGAAAAUGUUGCAUAUAUAUGUUCUACUUGCAAUAUUGUAAUCCACAAAACAUGCAUUUUUUUGCCACGCAUCAUCAAAGCAGUGUUGCAUGACCACCCUAUUUCCCACACCUAUUUCCUUCAUCAACAUGAGUUUAAAAGUUGGGAUUGUAGAAUUGCCAUGACAAUGUGAAUACAGAGCACGGGAGUUAUUGUUGUUUGGAUUGCAAGUUUGUUGUUCUUGUGAAUUGUAUUAUAAACAGAGAAAGAUGGUAUCAUAUAGUUGAACCAGAAAAAAAAGAUGAGAACCACUUAUUAUUGACUGAUAUAUCUGCUGAUUCCAUCACUCGUGUUAUUGAGAGGAAUGAAGCUGGAGAAGCCACAAAGAUAAAACACUUCAGCUAUGAUCAUGACUUAAUAUUAAGCAAGAUGAUCAUUGAAGAUUAUAAAUGUUGUGAUGGGUGCAUGUUGCCAAUCUCAACUUCCUUUUACUAUUGUUUACAAUGUGAUUUCUUUCUUCAUAAAACAUGUGCUGAAUUGCUUUAGAAGACACGACUUUGGUUUCACUUGUGCCAAGGCAUUGUCACCCUCAUUGCAAACAACGUUUUCAUAUGUGAAAUCUGUAAAUGCGUGUACAGUGGCUUUUCCUAUAAUUGUCAUAGAUGUGAGAGUUUUUGCUGCCUUCGUUGUUCAAUUCCUGAUAUUUUCACUUGUGAUGGACACGAACACA